AUGGAAGACGAUCGUGGAGACUUCGAACCUCAAGGAAGAGAGCAGGCGCGAUUAAUCCAAAGCAGUGCGUUUGUUGAGCAAUCACGAAGCGAUUCCGCUUCUUCAUCCCGCCUCUCUGUUCACCAGUCUCUUGGUGGUGGUUCAGUUGCUGAUUUGCUGCUAUGGAGAAACCGGACUGGUGCAGCCAUUUUGCUAUUCUCUUCUACUGGGUUUUGGUUCUUAUUCGAGAGAGCUGGAUACAACCUCUUGUCUUUCGUCUCCAAUGUUCUGCUUCUUCUUGUUGCGAUCCUCUUCUUGUGGGCCAAAUCUGCUACAGUACUCAACCGACCUCUACCUCCAGUGCCGAAUAUGGAGAUCCCUGAGGAGUUUGCGAUUAAGGCAGCUGAUGAUCUGCGGGUUUGGAUCAAUCAUGUACUGUCAAUUGCAAGUGAUAUCACCAUAGCUAGAAAUCCGAUUCGUCUCCUUCAGGUUUCGUUUGUCUUGUGGGCUAUAUCCUAUGUCGGGACUUUAAUCAACUCCCUCACUCUUGUGUACAUUGGGAUUCUUCUCAGUCUUUCUGUUCCUAUUGUCUACGAGAAGUACCAAGACCACAUUGAUGAGAAACUGAACUCGACUUCUACACUCAUCCGAAGUAUCUCAAGGAAGAUUCCAUUGCCCAUAGACAAAGAGAAGAAAUAUCAAAUCUGGCGCAAUCCACCACAACAUAUUAAAACCCCACAAACCCCGCCCAAAGCCAUAUCUUCUCUCUGUUGCCGACGAUACAUACACCUCUACUUACAUUCCCGGAGAUUCCCGCCACCUCCGAUGGCGACGCCUCUGAGCCUUUCAUCGGUGUUCUCCUCGAGGCUGUCUACUACUACUCACUCUGUCUUCCCCAUCCGUCGGAGGGAACUUAAUCGCCGGCGGAUCAUCCUCGUUACGUCUAGUGCCGGAGGCGGAAAACCGACGAUUCUCGUGGCGGAGAAGCUCGGCCAAGCGGGGAUAGACCUGCUGAGAAAGUUCGCUAAUGUGGAUUGCUCGUAUGAUCUGAGCCUCGAGGAGCUCUGCACGAAGAUCUCGCUCUGUGACGCGCUGAUCGUGAGGAGCGGCACGAAAGUUGGGAGAGACGUGUUCGAGUCGUCUCGCGGGAGGCUCAAGGUUGUCGGACGCGCUGGGGUUGGGAUCGAUAACGUGGAUUUAGCGGCGGCGACGGAGUAUGGGAAAUGGACGAGAAACAAAUAUGUGGGUGUUUCACUUGUUGGGAAGACUCUUGCUGUUCUUGGUUUCGGUAAAGUUGGAUCAGAGGUUGCUCGGCGAGCCAGGGGACUCGGGAUGCAUGUCAUUACACACGAUCCUUACGCACCAGCGGAUCGUGCACGAGCCAUUGGCGUUGAACUAGUUAGCUUCGAAGUAGCCAUUUCAACUGCAGACUUCAUCUCCUUGCACCUGCCUCUCACCGCUGCUACAUCAAAGAUGCUGAAUGACGAGACCUUUGCGAGAAUGAAGAAAGGUGUCCGUAUCGUCAACGUUGCUCGGGGCGGAGUUAUUGACGAGGAAGCUCUCUUGAGGGCGCUUGACUCGGGUGUUGUUGCUCAAGCAGCUCUUGAUGUUUUCACAGUUGAGCCGCCUGUUCAAGACAACAAGCUGGUGUUACAUGAGAGUGUAACCGCCACGCCUCAUCUUGGUGCCAGUACCAUGGAGGCUCAGGAAGGGGUGGCUAUAGAAAUCGCAGAAGCUGUUGUUGGAGCUUUACAAGGAGAACUUGCUGCUACCGCGGUGAAUGCACCAAUGGUUCCACCACAGGUAUUGAAGGAGCUGAAACCGUAUGUUGUGCUCGCUGAGAAGCUCGGGAGAUUGGCUGUACAACUGGUAACCGGUGGAAGCGGUGUGGAUGCUGUGAAAGUGACUUAUGCGUCUUCAAGAUCUCCUGAUGAUCUCGACACGAGACUUCUACGUGCCAUGGUCAUAAAGGGACUCAUCGAACCCAUUUCGAGCGUAUUCAUAAACCUGGUUAACUCCGAUUACAUUGCCAAACAACGAGGAGUCAAAAUCUCAGAGGAACGCAUGGUUCUAGACGGCUCACCGGAGAAUCCAAUCGAAUACAUCACUGUUCGGAUCGCAAACGUGGAAUCAAGAUUCGCAAGCGCGUUAUCUGCGUCCGGAGAGAUCAAAGUAGAAGGCAGGGUGAAGCAAGGUGUUCCAAGUCUAACCAAAGUAGGGUUAUUUGAAGUGGAUGUGAGCUUAGAAGGGAGUGUGAUUCUGUGCAGGCAAGUUGAUCAGCCUGGUAUGAUUGGUAGAGUUGGUGGCAUCUUAGGAGAUGAAAACGUGAAUGUUAGUUUCAUGAGCGUAGGUCGAAUCGCUCCAGGGAAACAAGCAGUGAUGGCCAUUGGAGUAGAUGAACAACCAAGCAAAGAAACUUUGAAGAAGAUCGGAGACAUUUCUGCCAUUGAAGAGUUUGUUUUCCUCAAACUAUAA